AUGAAGUUGGCCAAAGUUAUUAAACUAGAACAAAGGAGAAUCCCAAGGUUGAAUCUGCCACCUAGAGAUGUAGAAAAUGACAAUGAUGUUUGGCCUAUGACCAGAGAAGAGUUUGAGAGAGGACUACCAAAGGGACAAAAAUCCACUCCUAGAGUUAAACACACUGCUAGGAAGAAGACAAGUUGUAGAGUGGAGAGUGGUGAAGAGGAAUUAACAGAGGAUAAACCUAAGAGAAAAGAAAAAGGUAAGCAAAAGCAGAUUAAAGAUGAGGGGAAGGUGAAAGGCAAGGUUGUUAGGAAGCCAAAGGCAAAGAAGAAGCUUUUUGUUAAGAGUGACAGUGAGGCAGAUUCACUAAGUGAGAGUUCAUCUGAAUACACAAGCUUAGAUGAUAUUGAUUGGGUUGCUGGGGAAGAAGAAGUUGACUUGAAAGGUAUUAAAAAUGAAGAGUUGCAAACUAGGGGAAGAAUUGCAAAGGAUAAUUUGUUGAAAGAAGUGAAUGGUUCACUUCAGUUUCACAAGGGUGAAACAAGUUCAAAAAAGGAAAAACAGGUUGUGAAAGAUGUUGCUGGGGAAGAAAUCAGUUUGCAACCUGAGAUUGAAUAUGAUUCUGAUGAGUUGAGGAGCAUUGAUGGUAGCAGUGAUGAUGAAGAAAGAUGGCCACACUUUAAUCCAGAGGUUGCUUUCAAGCAUCCAAUUGAGUUUCAGCCUGGUAUGUUGUUUGACUCAUCUGAAAUUUUGAGAAUAGCUAUUCAGUGGCAUGCUAUACAAAAUAGGUAUGAUUUUUACAGCCUUCACAAUGAUGGCACAAGAAUUUCUCUUUAUUGCAAAGAUAGGUGUGAUUGUGAAUGGGAUGUGAAAAAGACUAAGUUGAGAAAAGACCCUAAGUUGAUAGCUUGUCCUCAUAAGGGAAACUGGAAGUGUAAUUUCAAAAUUAAUGCUAGGAAAUUACCUAAUAGUGGUACUUGGCAAUUGAAAUCUAUGAACAUGAAGCAUGAUUGUGUGAGAAAAUCAUUGACUAAUAAGUUGACUAGUGAAUACCUAGCAGAGAGAUACAUUGAGGAUUUUAGAGCUGAUCCUAAUUGGAAGCUUAAGGCCUUUAUUAACAAGGUUUUUAGGGACACUAGCAUAGGGAUUAAGUAUACCAAGGCUUGGUAUGCAAGGGCUAGAUGUAAACUUAUCAUCUACGGGGAUGCAUCUAAACAAUAUGCCAAAGUGUGGGACUAUGUGAAUGCUCUUAUCGAACAUAAUCCUGGUAGCAGUGCAUAUGUUAUGGUUGAUAGCAUUGAGAGACCUCCCCUACUGUUUGUUAGAAUGUAUGUGUGCUUGAAUGCUUGCAAGGAAGGGUUUAAGAAGGGAUGUAGACCUGUUAUUGGGAUGGAUGGGUGUCACCUCAAAGGAGCUUAUCCUGGACAAUGUUUGGUUGCUGUCGUAAAAGAUGGAAAUAACAACAUAUUCCCUUUUGCUUGGGCAAUAGUUGAGGUGGAAAACAAAGAUAGUUGGUGUUGGUUCAUAGAAUUGUUGUUGAAGGACAUUGGUGGAGCUCCAUUGGGUGAAGGAUGGACCUUUAUGUCUGAUAGAGAAAAGGGACUGUUGGAGGCUUUUCCUUUGCUUGCACCAAAAGCAGAGCUCAGAUUUUGUUUUAGGCACAUCUGGGCAAAUUUUAAACUGAGGUUCAGUGGGAGUAUUUUCAAGUCCCUCUUUUGGAAUGCAGCAAGGGCAACAACAGAGUUUUUCUUUGAGGUUAACAUGGAGAGCAUCAAGUGUCUAUCUGAAGAAGCUUAUGAAUACUUAGCUAACAUUCCUCCACAACACUGGUCAAGGCACAAAUUCUCCACCAAUUGCAAAUCCAACAUGUUGGUGAACAAUAUGUGCGAGACAUUCAAUGCUGUCAUAAAGGAGGCAAGAGACAAGCCAGUUCUAACCAUGAUGGAAUGGUUAAGAAGGUAUUUGAUGAAGAGAAACUAUGAGAAAUGGCAAGGAGUUCAAUCUUAUGAAGGGAAAAACAUGCCAUAUAUUAAGAAGACUUUUGAUGGAAUGGAGGAAGAGUCAAGGAAAUGUGUGUUGUAG